AUGGAAAGAGAAAGCUCAGUAUCAGUCCCAAUCGGUACAAAAAUACUAACAGGUGCAAAGAAAGCAAUAGAAAAAUGCAUUGAUCUAGUUUGCACCAUAGAAAACCCGCAAAAGAAAGCCGAUUUGAUAACUAUUAUUAGCUUUUUAGGCGGAAUGCUAGCUAUGACAGCUAUUAUAACAGCAACAACCUACUAUAUAGCAAUGAAAGAUAGAAAAGAGAGGGAGAAAGCUGAAGAGGAUGCAAACAAAGAAAAUGCGCCAGAAGCAGAAGCUCAAAAGCCAAAAAAAGACUAUAAAAGUUUAGUUUCACUUUUUGCAGUGCUUCUUGUGACCACCCUAACCUUUAUUGCAAACUAUCCCCGAGAAUAG